AUGUACGGGGUCUCGGACGUUUCAAUCCACAAAGUCAUCAAGAACAAAGAAAAAUGGAUCGUCCGGGCGCUCAACAAGCUUCGUAACGACGACCCUGAUAACGAAGACGAGCGGCAGCUGCUUGGAAGACUUUUGGAACAAGCGAUGAUCGAGCAAAAUCAAGCUCGCUUGGAGCAAACCAAAGCGAGUCAGAUUCAAGGGCCUAGCAACAAUCCUCGAUUAUAUCCGCAAGUUGCCGCCGGUCCCUCUCAACUAGCAAUCGGAAGUGGGUCUCAAAUUGUCCCUGGAAGAGUGGCAAGUGAUCCAUUGGAUCCGAACAAUCAGCGAACUUCUUUAAAUUUGGACAUGAGCUUCGCCAGGUCUCCCUAUUUCGAUCAACCAAGUGGCUUUGCUUCCACUGGACAGCGAAUCGUUCAAGACGGAUUUCCAGCUGGAGAGUUGCCUCCAACGAUGAAAGUAGAAGUGCUCGAAGAAAAUUGA